AUGAAAAGAAAUGGAACGUCACGAAUCAUAUGCAACGUCACAAUUGAGCCCCAGGAGCCCGAGCGCGGCUCGGUGUGGCAGAGCCUCCGGCGCAACGCGCAGGCCAAGUGCCUGCUGCUCACGCUGCUCAUGGCGGCCUGCCUCGGGGCCGUGGCCUGGUGCCGGCUGUCCGAGGUGAAACGCUUCGUCAUCAACUACCACACGAUCCCGAUGCGCAGCGAGACCCGCGUGAGCCCUUGCGACGACGGCUACGUCUACGUGCCCCUCGCCCUGCUCUCCAUGCUCUACCUCGUGUACCUGGUCGAGUGCUGGCACUGCAGCACGCGUCUGCAGCUCGCCUACAGGGUGGACGCCAGCGCCGUCUAUGAUCUGGUGGAGCAGAUGCGGGAGGCACAGCCCAUCAUCUGGUGGAAGGCCGUCUGCUAUCACUACGUGAGACGCACCAGGCUGGUGACCAGGUACCGGAACGGUGACCCUUACACGACGACGCAGAUCUACUACGAUCGGGUGAACACGCACGCCGCUGGUUCUUGCUUUGUGUACACCGACUGCGGCGUCCGCGACAUCUCCAAGCGGCUCACGGGUCUCGAGAACCACCCUGCCACCAAGAUACGCUUCAGCAAGGGCUUCGCCUUCGCCAACAUAGAAGCGGCGCGGUCGUUUGAGCGCCAGCGUUCCGACUUCUUCCGAGACAACGAACGCUUCGACGAGUACAUGGAGAUGCGAGAGGGCCUGGACUUAGUAAGCGCCGACUUCCAGGAGUACGUCGUGGCCUUCGCGGACCGACUCCCUUGGUAUGUGUCCCACUCGGUCUUCUGGCUCUUCUCGGCCCUGUUGCUGUCCUGGCCGCUCCGACUGCUCGUGGACUGCCGCACCGCCCACGUCCACUACCAAGUCACCAAGCUCUUCGGCGAGCCCCCAGAGACCACCGCGCCCACGCAGAGUGUAGAGCUGUCCAGGCGCAGCACGGCGGACAGCGCAGAACUGGAACAGUCCAUUACGGACAACUUCACUUUGGCACCCAGCUACUCGCAGGCCGUGCUCAUGGACAAUGCGCUGAGAAGUGACCCCAACGGAAACAUACCGAUCCCGAGCCGUCGCCAUCGGAGCUCGUGGACAGGUCCCGGUACGUCACAGGUGAUGUACCUCGUGCCGCCGUUGUACCCCGAUGACGUGCCCGUCCAGAGGCGGUGUCCGGACGCGGGUCCGCCCAGCUACGAAGAAGUGGUGCCGGACGCUGCGGGAGACGCAACCGCGUUGGGAUUCCCAAGGUUCCUGUUGCCCUUCACGAUGCGGAGGUCUAUGACGGAGAGGAACUUGGCGAGGACGCCCGACGGGCCUCCUUCCAGUGAGACCCAGUUAUGA